GCGAUAACAUUGAUAGUUGAUGCUUCUCAGCCCGAGAGCUUCCAGUCAAUUGUCGAUCACUAAUAGUAUAUGGCAGGGUGAGCCGAUGCUUAUUGUUUAGUCGGCCACUCCGAUUCUUCAGGCCGGAACGGUGCUGGGGCCGGUUGUUCACCCGGACCGCAAUCGGAGUGGGACCGGCGCCACCAUUGAAUCGGUCACUGGGUGUGGGACAUGGAGCUGACGCUGCUCAUCAGUAAACUCGGUCACCAGUUGGUGGAAAUUAGGGUUCGAGCCCUGAAGAAUAUUUUGAGUAAAAUUGAUCAUGGAUUGAUUUCUGUUGUUGAUUUGGCACAAGAAAAGAGCCUCUUUGUUCGACUUUUCGAGUGGUUCAACUUCCCAACUGUUCCGAUGCAAGGAGAAGUACUCAAGCUAUGUGGUCAACUUGUGAAGUAUUCAUCAGUGGCUCAAAUAUUUCGAGAAAUUGGAGCUUUAGAAUUUCUAGCGCAAUUGCGACCCAAUGUGGAGCCAGAUCUGCAGGUCUGCAUUGAUGAGAUAAUGGAUGAUCUGCUUAAACUGCCCGAUACAAUUCUGGAUGUUGAUCCUGCUGUUGCCUAUCUGUCACAGCCUUUAAAAUCCUCUGACAAAGUGGUGCCAACUGUACCACAUGAGGAGAAAGAAACAGUGGUUGGUUACUUUCAGAGACACAACUGCAGUCAAGUGGAUCCAAAUAAAAUUCUGCCCAGGAAAGCAGUUGUUAAUGAUACAGUGAAAUGUUUGAAGUAUUCCACCUUCCCCUGGUUAACGCUAACUAUGACAGACAGGCAUGUUCUUCUAUCAAAUGAGAGCUCCUUGAACAGUAGUAAUCGCACUUUAGUUCGCAAUACCUGUGAGCUUUUACAAGAUGUAAUCAUGCAGGAUUUUCCAGCGGAGAUCUUCCUUCAGCGGCCAAAGAUUGUUCAGAACCUUCUUUUGUUGACAAAGUUAGCAUUUGAACAAGAUGGAAAGCAAUAUUUAGCAAUGCUUGCUAUAGGCUGCCUGACUCAACUCUGCAGCUACUUGCAAAGUCGACUGAACUUCCACAGGGAUCCCAGUUUCUUUUCUGCAAAGCAAAACUUAGUUUCCCAGAAUUCCUCCUUGGCUUAUUCCCAGGAAGCACGUGGGAUGCACGUUUCCCAAAAUCCAUCUCCUAGAAGUACCAGUCCUAGACCAUCAGUGAUUGGACGAACAGUACAGCGUCCCAGAGGGGAUGGUCAAGAUGGUGAUGCGGUAUCUUCAAGUGGAAGCAGUUCCCAAGGAACUCCUAACUCUAGAAGUCCGAUGUCUAAACAUUCUGUGGCUGACUUGACCAACUUGGAGCUGCCUGAAAUGGAAAGUGAGGAUUCCUUGGAGCUUCAAUUCCAACAGCUUAGUCUUCCACAGUUUUGUGUGACUGUCCUGGAACAUGCAGUACCUUUGCUCAGAACAGGUAGUAGGAAGAUUGUGAUAUAUGUGCUUGAGCUGUUGACGGAAGUGGUGAUGCUUAUCAGUGAUUCAAUCUCCGAGGAUGUCUGGAUGGAUGAGAGUCUGACAGGUCGAGAACUGAAGGAAAGUCUGAUAGGAACAUUGGAUGCUUUAGGGGAAGUUCUUGCUUAUCAUCAUACCAGCAUUACUGUGGAACAACCAGAAGCGACUAUAGUGCACCACCGAAUGGCAUUUGUCAGCAUUGCAUUAUUCACUGUACGUUUGCUGCAAAUAGUCCUCCCUGUGGAGAAGGCUAGUGAAGUUCUGCCAGAGAGCAUAGGGAAUGCGCUUUAUCUUCUGUCUCUGGAUGUCCCAUUCCGUUUGAGCUAUUUCAGCGUUCAUGAGUCCAUCAUUGUCUACCUAGAGCAGGUCAGCUUGCAGAGCUACAAUAUAUACAAGAGAGCCACAGAGGUAGCACAGUCAAUGGAGUAUGCAUGUUCCUUUAUCAAGGAUGUUGAAGCAAAGAGUGAAAGGAAUCUUAUGGAAUUGAUUGAGUUAGCAGACCAGGCUGUGAUCAGCCUUCCCUACCAUCAGCAGCUGCAGCUGGUCCAGAAGUUUAUUGACAUCUGCUCGGAAAUUUCUAAGUCAGCACAGGCCAGCCCAAUACUUCAAGGAGAAAGUCAGAAAGUGUUCCUAAAACUCUUGUCUCAUCCUUUGCCAGUUAUUAAAACUGAGUCUUACCGCUACUCCUUAGCCAUUGUAAAGAAUUGCUUGGGAAUCCACAAUGUUACCAAACCAGUAUCGUCAGCAUCUCAUGGUGUUCAUUUCCUCCUCCAUCCUCGUGUUUUGUAUGAAAUAUGCACUUUUGGCUUACAAGACUCUGUAGCAAAGGUGAACACUGCUGCAAAGAACAUUCUCCUCUACUUAAUGCAAGGAUAUCUAGUUAUGAGCGCUUUAAGCUGGAACAAGUUACUUGAAGCUUUAUAUCCUGUUAUUCCCAUCCUGCAGGGCUGUGCAAAUGUAGAAGAGCCACUAGGUCGCUGCAUUCUUGCACUGAGUGAGCCAUACAAUGAAUCUGCACACGGAAUUUUAUCAAGGACAGCAAGGAUUCGUGCAUCUCUUCGACUUUUUAUGAGUAAACAGCAUCCAGUGCGCUCUGUAGCUAUUACACACUUAAUGCCACAUCUGGUAAAUGAAGAAAGGGUCUCCGAGAAAGAGCCUGCAUUACAAGGAAAGAUAUUCGACAAUGUGUCUGAUCUGUAUAUAUUGGAUAAGCCUAUUGACUUACAGUUGGAAGACAAUGGCAAAACAUUUUUUAAGGAUGAUAGUGUUUACAAAGUAUAUGAAAUCCUGAUCUCAGAGACUGUUGACCUGAUUCUACGGAAAUCUGCAGCAGAACAACUGGCAAUUAUGACGCAAGAUCCUAAAAUCCACAAAGGAUUGAAAAACCUUGGAAUGGUAGAAAAGAUAGUUUCAUUGAUACAUGAAAGUGUACACAAAAAUGGAAAGGGCAUGCAAUGUUUGGUGUUGCCUUGUCUUUGCGUUUUACGGAAACUGGUUUACUUGGAUCCAACACUCCGACACAACCUGGCUCAGCAAUCCUCUUUUCUACUUGCUCUUUUCAGAGUAUCCCUGGUUUUGCGGAAAGACAAAGAUACAGUUUCUGAGGUGGCAGCUUUGCUUACUCUGCUUCUUUUUGAUGAAGUAGCCAGAAUAGAUACUUGGUCUGAUUGUGCUGCUGCUCCUUCUCCAUUCAGCUUGCCUGUUAUUGUGACUCAGAGGUACAACUUGAUGGUCAAAGUAGCAGUUCAUCAUGCUGUGAGUCCCUACUGUAUUGUUGUUCCAUCUACUUCGGACCCUAUGACCUUGACACCUGUAUCAGAUAUGUUGAAAGUAGUCUGGAAUCUUGCAUGGUAUCAUGGAAUCGAGCAGACCUUAGAUCAGGAUGGAUGUCAAAGAAAAGAUACCUCACCAGAAUUUCCAGAAGACAUGAGAUUGUCUCCUGUUGACAAAGUAGUGCUAAAAGCAAGUUACGUUACCAGUGGUCUGCAGGACUCUCUUCUUUCCAUCACCCAGGCAGUCUCUCACGGUGCCGUCAAUUCUGCUCUUGCCAGGAUGAGAUUAUAUUUAUUGAAUGACAAACUAGCAUUGAAACAAGGAACUGGUAGCAGUAUAUCUAUAUUACACAACCUUGAGUGGCAUACAGCAUUGGGCAGGUUUUUACAAGUUCUUCCAGCCUGUGCUGCAGAUGAGAAACUUUUAGCUGAUGUUGUCGCUUUCCUAACCAAAAUGUUGAUAGCACAAAGGGAUGCUACAAAUGCCGAAUACCUAAGCUCACUGCUGGAGCUCCUGGUUAAACAGGAAAGCAGUUCACUGCUGAAUUUACUGGUGCAGACUGAAUCACCAGCUCAAGGUGAAAUGGAUGAAGUUCAAAGCUUUGUAAGACAGAAGCUACAAAAGGAGCUGACUGGAUUCUUCAAUGCAAUAUUGCGAUCCCUCACUUUUGUUACAGACAGGAAGUGCCUAUACUUGGCUGGUCCUUUCAGAACCCAGCUGUCAGUCAGACUCCUGCAGUGCUUGCGGAUUACAGAUGCCCCACAUUUCUAUGGGCUUCCUUCAUUAGAGCGGGCACUCUGUGGAAUGGUCCACGUCACUGCUCUUCCUGGAUGGAGUUUGCACUCAGCCACUGUGGAAUCCUAUUCACUUUGUACUAAAUAUCUGACUGGCCUUCUGGAGGUCAUUUCAUCCUUUUAUGUGGAAUGGGGAGGAAAUGCGGUGUCUUUCAUGGGUAAAGGAGUCACAAAGAAUGCAGUUAUCUGCUUGCUCCAGCUGUCCUAUGAGAUGAAAACACAAGCCAAAGAUAAGGAUUGGAUAUCCAUGUGGUCUUUGGCCUACGAGCAUAACAAUGAGGAUCAUGUGCCUUCGCGAUUGGACCUAGCCUGGCUUAUUCCUCUUUGGGUUGACCGAGACCCUGAGGUUCGUUUUGGCAGCUUGGGUAUUGGAUCAGCAUUAACACUGGUCGAAAGUGGCUGUGUUGCAUUAGCAGCCAGCUGUCAAAACAUCUCCGGAGGAUUAUGGGGUACGGUGCUAAAUAUCCUUCUGGACCAAUCUGAGUGCAGUAUGGUUCGUAAAGAGGCAGCAGCCAUUCUGCAGAAUUUGCUGAUGAUUCAUAUGCCGGCCACUAUGGAGGAAGCCAAGGAUUAUAUCUGGCAGAGCCCCUGUGUUCAUGAUGAGGAGUCUGGCUUAUCACUGGUCGGGCUGCCUGCUCUCCAGGCUCUGCUGUACCACUGCCAGUUCUAUGAGCAUGUGGCUCAUAUGGCAAAACAUUGCUACCUGGGAAGGUACAUGUUUGAUUUAAUCUUUCCAAAACCUUCUGGCAGCAGUUUGCUCAGCACCACUUUAGAAGACACUGACUCACUGCAGUAUUGGAGAGCAUCAUCCAGCCUGUCAAAUCACAGUCAGUUGUCAAGUUUUCCAUCAACAUCAAGCACUGUGAUUUUACCAGCCUCAUCAUCUGUUGCUGCAUCUGAGUUCCAUGGACUGCUUCAGGCUUCAGCUGUGUCUCCCAUUCCAAUUCCUAUUCCUGAAUCUCCCAGCAAUAGGCUGACAGCUCAAGGUCAGAGUGACUCAGAAAUCACAGAAUCUCUUCACAGUGAGAAUUCCCACAAUUCUGAAACUUCAUCAGAGCAAUCUGCAGUUGUUACCCUUCAGUUCUUGUCAGCUAUAUGUAGCUUGCUUUCCAACCUACUGGCAGUCAUUCCAGAAGACACAUUAACUGCAUUCAAGCAAAACCACCUUCUUGUAGCUGUCAAUGGAUUGACAAAUACCAGUUUACUAGAGAAGUGCUUAUGGGAGCUGGGAAUACCACUGACUCGACCUAACCACAUCCAGGAUAUUAAAGUACAGGUAUUGAGCCAUCUUCAGUAUCUAUCCUCACUUUCUGGGUUAAUCCAGUCCAGUUUAAUCUUGCAUCCAGAGCUCGUAAACCAAGAUGACUUGUUGAAGCCUUUGUUGUCGAAUGUAUUUGCGGUACUUUGCAUACGCUGCAAAGACUAUUUUGGCUGUGAGGUAACAUCUGGCAUCUACCAAGCUUGGACAGACUUGUUUAUUCUUUUGAACGCAAUUCUACGGAAAUGUGGUCAGGCUGUAUUCCCAGCUGUCGUAACUGCUGUGACAAAGCAUUGGGUUACUCUCUUAGAGACUAUUUCCUUGUGCAUUCAGCUGUCUACCAUCAACCCUAGUCUGUACACAGUAUCCUUGCAAUUCAUAUCUCUCCUUCUGAUGGAAGAGGGAAAGAAGCAGCUUGGAGCAGAAAGUCACUCAAUCCAGUAUCUGUCUCUUACCGAGCUUCUGGAUGAAAUUAAAGAUAAUGUAUCAUCAGGCAGCAAGCUCUGUGAGAGCAUAUUACAGAGCUACGAGGGUAAAUCAUCUGAAGAUCCUCAGAGGAAAGUUGCUGCAGGUGCUCUCAUCGCAUUACUUCCUGUGAGUGUUUGUGCACAGAAGCACGCCUUGCAGGCUGGCCUUGUUGACAGCUGUAUAGAACAGAUGAAGCAAACAUAUGUACAAUUCAACUUGGAUUCAUUGAGACCUGGAAAAGUGAACCAAAGGAAAAAGGAUGACCCUCUGAACAGAGAACUGAAAACAGUGAUGCAAUUGCUAAGGAAUUGUCUGUAUCACAAUGUCGAAUGCAAAGUUGCAGCAUCUGAUGCUCAUCUCGUGAAUGCUGUUCAUUCACUUUGGCCCUGGCUUUUAAUGGAUGAAGUGCUGAUGUUGGAAGCUCUGAAGCUGCUAUGUGUCUACUCUGCUAACCUUCCUGCAGCAUGUGUUUCCCAGUGUUGUGGAACUGGAGGACCACUGAUUCCUCAUUCAUCUCAGAAAGGACUUGGGGGGAACUGUCUCGUGCAUAUGAUCAUGAAGCAAGCCAUGCAGAAGGCACACAACAAUAAUACUAUUCAACAAAUGGCAUUUGCUGUGCUCUCCAAUUUGGUUAUGUCACAUGAAUGUAAAGGCAUUUUACAGAAGAGCAAUUUUUUGCAUAAUUUCCUUUCCCUGCCUUUACCGAAGGCUGCAGGAAAACAAGUAAGCAAUUUGGCCAUGCUUUGGCUGAAGCUCUUACUGAAUAUGUCUUUUGGAGAUGAGGGACAGCAGAUGAUUCUCAAGAUGAAUGGUAGUUUGGAGCUGUUGACAACAAUAUCCAAGCAUAAGUACAAGAGCAACCAACCCACUGCACUGCUUGUCCUUCACAAUAUUUGCUUCCAUCCUGCCAACAAGCCAAAGGUUCUAGCUAAUGAUAAAACUGUGUCAAUAUUUGCUGCUUGUCUAGAAAAUGACAAUCCUGUGGUUCAGACUAUAGGAGCCUCUGCUCUUUGGGCUUUGCUUCAUAACUAUCAAAAGGCAAAAGUUACACUGAAAAAUCCAUCAAUCAAGAGAAGAGUGGAUGAAGCUUAUUUAGCAGUUAAAAAGUGUGUACCUGAAGGCCCCCUAAAUAUUUAUCUUUUGAAGUGUCUGGAAAAUCUUGCUGUCUUGCUGAACAGUUAAUAACUUCCCUAUGUUUGUGAGAAUUUUAUUGUGGAGUGCAAUCUUACUGUAAAUCAUGC